AUGAGCGUAAGGAAUAUUUCCAACACACUCUACCGCCUUUUUUUUGGCGGUUUUGGUGGUCUUAGAGGUGGAAUUAGGCCUCCAUUUGGUUUAGGAGCAGGUAUUAUUGGUGGUGGCAUUGGAGGUGGUUUUGGUCCAUUUAUUGGAGGUGGUAGUGUUGGAGCUGGAAGUGGAAGUGGAAGUGGAUUUGGUUCUAGCACUAAUGAAGGAUUUGGGGGCAAUGGUGGCAAUAAUCCUAAUAAUGAAAUCAGUGGUGAACUUGGUGCAGGUGACCUAGGUGAAGGAGGUGAUGCAACAGCUGGAAUUGACAUGCAUCCUUGA